ACUUACACUAUGACUUCGACUUCAUACAAAUCCAAAUAAACAAAUAUUUCGCCGAUCAUUUAAGAAAUAUAACGAACACCCUUAUUUCCCAUUUAGAGAUAUAUCUUUAAAUUUAAAAUGAAAAUUCAUUUAAAUGUCAAUAUUCUCUUACCUAUUCUCAACAGGCGGUUCUAUUCGUCUGUCACAAAUGAAAGAGCACGAGCAAUUAGAAAUGAUCUAUUCGUGAAAGAAAAACUAAGACAGUCAUCUCUCAUAACUCGGGUGGAAAAAAUUGAAGUAACAUACCGUGGAGUGCCUUCCGAUAACACUUUAAUAAUGAAUAAAAAUCUUUCUACGCCUUAUAAUUGUGCUCAACAUAUUCACGAAUCUCUCUGCCAACGAUCAGUUCUCGCAGAAGUGAAUGGAGAAUUGUGGGACAUGCAUCGACCACUCACGGAUAAUUGUGAAUUGCGAUUUCUCAACUUCAACACCUCUCCGGAGAUACUAAACAAAGUUUUUUGGCGAAGUUGUAGCUUUCUCCUUGGCAUGGCAAUCGAAAGAGCCUUUAAAGAUAAAUAUUUCGUGAAACUUCACAGCUGGCCUAAACCAAGCAUUGAAAGUGGGAGCUACGUUUACGACGCUGAUAUUGGAAUAGCGAACUGGAAAGCUACCGAUGAAGAGUUAAAAACAUUUACGACUAUUUUAUGGAAAUUGAGUCAAGAGGACACUACUUUUGAGCGACUCAUUGUUUCUGAGAAUCUGGCAUUGGAAAUGUUUCAACACAAUGUCUUCAAAACUCAUCAAAUUCCCAACCUAAGCAAGGAUGGGAGCGUUGUUUUGUAUCGUGUAAGAGAUCACAUCGAUAUAAGUUGUGGGCCUAUGAUUGGGAACACUAAAUUUGUGGGUACCACUAAAGUAACUGCGGUUCAUCAGCUGGACAGAGACUGUGGUUACAGAUUUCAAGCAGUGUCAUUACCUAAACAAUUAACUCUCAGCAGUUUCGGUUUCAGUGUAUUGGUUGACCGAGCUAAAAAAUUAAACGGUGUUGGUCUUAAACAAUCUUUUGAAACAAAAGCGCUUUAGUAUUAAAUUGUAUUGUGUAGAGUUAUUAAAAAAAUAAAAGUUUCUAGUGCCUAAA